AUGAAGUUUCGAGCCAUUCGAAGUCUCCCUUUCCAAAGGGCAGCAAAAUCGACCCAAAACACAGCAUCUUUCUGCGCGACCAUACGAGCCGCGAGUAGCAUCUCCCAAAGACCAAAUUCCGAUUACGUCUCCUUCCCUGGUGCUUUGAAGAGCGCCUUUACCAGCUCGCUCAACUUUGAGCACCCCGAAUCAUACACUGCCCUACCAACGUACAGAGUUGUUGACCAGAACGGUACUGUGGUCGACCAAUCCUUUACGCCUGAUAUCUCAGAUGAGACGAUAGUCAAACUGUACAAGGAUAUGCUAUACAUAUCAAUCAUGGACCUGAUUAUGUAUGACGCUCAGCGACAAGGCCGUUUGAGCUUCUACAUGGUGAGCGCCGGUGAAGAAGCUGUCAGUGUAGGAAGCUCAAGUGUUCUGGAUCCCGAAGACCCUGUCUAUUGCCAAUACAGAGAACAAGGAUUUUUCAAAGAAAGGGGGAUGACGACCAAGGAAUUCAUGUCACAGCUUUUCGCCAACAAGAAUGACCCAGGCAAGGGUAGGAACAUGCCCGUUCACUAUGGCAGCAAGAGGCUGAAUAUUCACACCGUCUCUUCACCAUUGGCGACGCAAAUUCCUCAGGCGUCCGGUGCUGGAUACGCUCUCAGAAUGCAGAAAUUGCAAGACCCAACCUCCAAGGCCAAGGUAGCUGCAUGUUUCUUCGGCGAAGGGGCCGCGAGUGAGGGAGACUUCCAUGCCGCCAUGAACAUUGCAGCUACUCGGUCGUGUCCCGUCAUUUUCAUUUGUCGUAACAACGGUUAUGCCAUUUCUACUCCCACUCUGGACCAGUACCGUGGCGACGGCAUUGCGAGCCGGGGUAUCGGAUACGGAAUUGACACGAUUCGGAUUGAUGGCAAUGACAUCUGGGCUGUUCGAGAGUCGGUGAAGAAAGCUAGGGACAUGGCCCUCCAAGACGGGGGCAAGCCCGUUCUGAUUGAAUGCAUGACGUACCGGGUCUCACACCACAGCACUUCGGACGACUCGUUUGCCUACCGCGCCCGUGUGGAAGUGGAGGACUGGAAGAGAAGAGAUAACCCUAUCAUCAGGUUCAGAAAAUGGAUGGAGGCCAAAGGAUGCUGGGAUGAAGUCAAGGAGAAAGAGGCUAGAGACAGUUUGCGCAAGGAGAUUUUAAAGGGCUUCUCCGAAGCGGAGAAGGAGAAAAAACCUGCUCUGCGGUCCAUGUUUGAGGACGUUUACGAAGAACUGACACCCGACUUGAAGGCGCAGAUUACCGAUCUUCGCGAGAUGUUGGACAAGUAUCCUGAGGAGUAUGACUUUUCUGAAUAUGAGGGUGGAAAGGAAUCCCUUAAACCGUGA